AUGGCUUUUUCAAAGACUCUUUCGGUGGACCUCCCCACACUACAAUGGCUCGUCCUGUUUGUCUCGUUGCCUCUCCUCAUUGCAUACUUCUUCGGUGGUCGCUUUGUCACGCUUUACCUGAAUUCUAUCUAUAUCGCCAGAUCGCCUGUGAAGCCUAUCAACGGGGAAAAGAAGCAGAUGCCCGGUCCUGAAUAUGUUCUGCCUCAAGGCCAGGCAAGGAGCAAAAUCAUCGCCCCCUCUCAGAUGAGUGCCAAGUGGAGAUCAGAAUAUGGAUCGAUCUACCGAGUUUGGAACGGCGUGUGGCCUGAAAUCGUCAUCACUGAUCCCAAAGACGUCGAAGCAUGGUUUUCCGGGAAGGGAGAGCACAGCAAGUUCUCCUAUGAGCCAUCCGGAGCGCUGUUCAAUUACGCCAUGGGUCACGCCGUUGGGCUGAUCAAUGGUCACGACUGGAAGAUCUUGCGCAAGCUGCUGGACCCCUAUGUCAACUUCUCAAACUCGACAAAGCUCACCCCAAUGGUGCUCCAGCGGGCAAUCGAGCAUGUGCAGACACUCCCCACACAGACUCUGGAUCCCACCAAAGAGAAGACCAUCGUCAAUGCAUACCAAGCCGUGCAAGGGUAUCCUUUUUUCACGCAAAUGGAGACAUUCUAUGGACCCUUGACUCAAGCCCAGAAAGAUGAAGUCUGGGCAAUUGGCCAGAUUUUCCUUGUCCUCUCCACCUGGACCGUGGAGCAAGGCCUCACACGUAGCCGGGCCUUAAAAUGGAUGUACUCGUGGGACUCGUGGAAGCUGAUCCGGGAAUUUGAUCAGCGUUGGCGUACAUUCAACCGGGAUGUUGUCAAACAAAAGGCGACAGAAACCGAACUUCCAAUAAUCAGUCUGUGGGAAAAUAUCCGAAAGGGCGAGAUGACAGAAGACCAGCUAAUUCACACGUUCACUGAGUCAAUCUUUGCAAACCUGGAUGUUACAACGUCCGUCAUCACGGGUUGCAUACUACAUAUUGCCGAGGACAAGCGGAUCCAGAAGAAGUUACAGCAAGAAAUCGAUGACCACAAGGAGAACUUGGCCGACUAUGUCAAGCGACAGGAUACUUUCAUGCACUGGUGUUUUCUUGAGUCCAUCCGGCUGGAGCCGAUUCCUGGUGAGCUUUUCCUUCACCCAUGUCUGUCUGACAAUUUUGAAAUACCGCCACUAAUCUGGCCUGCUUUACUAGCCUUUUCCCUUGCGGGUCGUUGUUCUGAAGACAAAGUGCUAGGAGGGUAUCACAUUCCGGCCAAUACUAGCAUUGUCAUUGACGCACACGCUAUCAAUAUCAACAACCCCUACUGGGGUCCCGAUACAGAGGAAUACCGACCAGAGCGCUUCGACGGCCUCAGUGCAAGGGAACUGAAGUACAACUUAUCCACCUUCGGAUAUGGCUCCCGCAAGUGUCUAGGUGUUCACCUAGGUGGUAAAAUGGUUCGUGGUAUUCUGACUGCGUUAUUUCGACAGUAUGAUGUGGAUCUGGAGGGACAGACGAAGGACGGGUCUCAGUUUAAGACGGAUCAGUCAAGCUUUUUUGCCCUGUAUCUUGCUAAUAUCCAGAUGAAGCCAAGAAACCUGUGA